AGAAAGGGCUAAAAGAUGCAACCAUUACAAUACCCCACAACCACUAUGCUUAUGCUUUUCUUCUACUCAUGUCUCUGUAUCACCUCAACCACUAAUCUCGCCAAUGCCGACGCCGGGAUCAAGUCCAUCUUCCUCUUGGCCGGCCAGAGUAACAUGGCCGGCCGAGGCGGCGUCAUAAACGACAAAUGGGAUGGUUACGUCCCGCCCCAAUCCUCCCCCAACCCCGCCAUUCUCCGCCUUAGUGCGGACCUCAACUGGCAACCAGCCACAGAGCCCCUCCACCGCGACAUCGACUAUUUUCGAGCAUGUGGUGUGGGGCCCGGGCUGGCCUUUGCUAACUCAUUGUUACAAAUUGAUCCCAACAUUGGAGUAAUUGGAUUGGUUCCAUGUGCGGUUGGUGGAACAAAUAUCUCCCAGUGGGCACGUGGUGGCCAUCUUUACAACCAGCUGCUCCAGAGGGCUACCGCCGCGGUGGAGGGAGGAGGAACCGUCAAAGGGUUGUUGUGGUAUCAAGGGGAAAGCGAUACGGUAACCCGUGAAGACGCCGAGUCGUAUAAACGGAGAUCGGAACGGUUCUUUGAUCACGUGCGAUUGGAUCUUCAAUUGCCUACACUUCCAAUAAUUCAGGUGGCAUUGGCAUCUGGGGCAGGGUCAUAUGUAGAGAAAGUAAGAGAGGCCCAGUUGGGAAUGUGGUUAGUGAAUUUAAGGACUGUUGAUGCAAAGGGGUUGGGGCUUGAGCCUGAUGGGCUGCACCUGACCACACCUUCUCAAGUAAUACUUGGGGAGAUGUUAGCCCAAGCCUUUCCUCAGGCCCAUCAUUCAUCUGUGAGGGCUGUGACCAGUAAAGCUUCAAGAAUGCAUCGUAAUUUUGUUACACAAUUCUUUGACUAUAUUGGUUUUUGAUGUAUUUAUCUACCCACUGAAUCAUCCAAAUUAUUUCAAAGGGAAUAAUUUAUGGUUUUUUGUA